AUGACGGAGGUCACUAAUGAGAAUCUUCAGAUUCUCCUAACCAAGCUUAUGACAGACCGCUUCUGCUCUGGCGAGACAAGCGACCUCGACGCAUGCAUUCAGAACUACGUGCCGCAGCACACGGACAAUAGUUGGGUUGACCAAAGCCUGCAGCGCCGCGGCAUCAGGAAGUGUCAGCCGUAUCAGGAAGUGGCGAGACGUUGCUUGGAGGACGAUAAGAAGCACGCGGCGGUGUUUAAGGCGGCGGCAAACGCACCCGUUUGCAAGGAUGAGAUGCGGGUGCUGAACCAAUGCCGACGCGUGCGGGGGCGCGAUUGCGAGCAGGAAGCUCUAGAGAUGUUGUACUGCGGCAUGGUGUACCUUGUGCAGCGACAGAAGGAAAAACACUAG